CAAGGACCAACUCAAACCGGGCCAUCAGGUCUGAGCUCAUGGAGCGAUGUCUUGACGAACUUCAGUCAAAUGGUAACAAUUAUACUUGAAAAGCCCAUGUUUCUGUGGGGUUCUCAGGAGGGAAGGGCUUCGGGAAGUGGAUGGCAGCGGUGAUGUUCAUUCGGUCUCCUGGUGUUCAUGUAAGGCGUUGAGAGUACAGCAUGGGACUAGCAUAUUCGACUGCGACUGCUAUCCCUCAAACCACCCAAAUGUAUAGGUAAAUAGCAACAUGCAUGGAUUCUUUGGGAAGGGUAAACUGUCUCUCUGACGGGGACGGCAAAUCAGCGGCUAGCCUUCGAAGAUCACUAGAUCAGGUCGAUUGGGUCGAUUUCAAAGUCACGAGUCUUGAGGCCCCAGUAUGACUAUGCUAUGGUGCCAGUACGACGAUUUCUUAGCUUUUCACCCCUUACGGCACACUGAGGCUAAAAGGAACACGGCCCGGAUCCAGGUUUCGAUCGAUGUGCCACAAUCUCUGCGCGCCAAAGAUUUGUGGCUCAGUUGUCCAGUUUGGGCGGAACGUCCCUGAUUGAGAGACGAGUCCGGACCCCAAUUCUCCCAUGGCGCUGCGGCUGUUCUGUACCUUCAUCGACGUUGAGGAAGCAGAAAAAGACUCUGUCCCGACUCGAAGGUCCAGGAGUCAACCAUGCCCGCGUGGGAGUGCAAACGCAGCGCUCGAUGGUGAGUCAGAGUACGUGGCAACGUUGCUCGAAAGGUCUGAGGCGACCGACUUCCGUGCUUUGUUGACGGUGCAAGAUGCGGCGGAGGGUGAGGAGGCCCAGACGGAGACGGGUCCUCCACCUGUCGAUCCACCUGAUGAGCUCGGGUCCUCCACCAGCGCUGAUGAGGUCGCGCCGAGCUUGGGCACGGUGGGCCAUCCGGUGCUGUGCCGCCGGCCGCAUGCUGGAUCGAAGAUUACGCAGAAUGUCAUUGUCAGCUCUCCUGUCUUGCAUCACCGCACGACAUAGCGACUUUGCUGUCGCCCUGCACGAACACAUCGACGAGCUUCGUCGUGAGAUGCCAGUCGCAGACGUCCAACGCCGAACCCGAAGUGGAACAGUUUGAAGUCUUGACAUGAAAUGGUGCGUGGAUGGUGGUGGUUUUCGAUACCGUCU